UAUUGUAUUUAAGAUUAAAAAAUAGAAUAGCAUAUUUUGAAGUAAAACCCACUCCAAUUUAAUAUUCAAGCUAUUUUUAGAGUGUGCAUUAAAUAGAUAUAAUGUUCUUCUAUAAAUAGAGGAACUACUUCUAUUCUUGACUUCAUAUCAUAUUAUCAUAUAUAAAAUGGCAUUGGAGUUUGAUUUAACACCAAAGUAUAGCGAGAAGGUAGUAGAGGGAGAAGGAGGAGAGUACAGAAGUUGGUCAAGUACACAGCUUCCAAUACUGUCUCACACCAAAGUUGGUGCAGGAAGGCUUCUUUUGCACCCUCGUGGCUUUGCUCUUCCUCACUAUGCUGAUUCUCCCAAAGUUGGUUUUGUUCUUCAAGGCAAUAAUGGAGUAGUGGGAAUGGUAUUAGCAAAUGAACCAAAAGAAGUGGUAUUGAAACUAAAAAAAGGAGACUUAAUACCAGUGCCACUUGGAGCAGUGUCAUGGUGGUUCAAUGAUGGAGAUUCUGAUUCUAAUGAUGACCUUGAAAUUGUUUUCCUAGGAGACACUUCUCAGGCUCAUUUCCCAGGCAAUAUCACUUACUUUUUCAUAGCUGGGGGUGGUUCAAUGUUAGGAGGAUUCUCAACUGAUUUUGUCAAAAAAGCCUUUGGUAUGGACACUAAUGAAGAGGCAAACAAACUUGUCAAAUCCCAAAAUGGGGUUUUGGUCAUCAAAUUAGAUGACACAAAAACCUUGCCUAAACCAAAACAAAAUGAACCCAAUAACAACAACUUGGUUUAUAACAACUUGGAGCAGUGUUUGAAAAUAGAAAGUGGGUUUUGGAGUAAAGUGACAAAAUCCCAAUUUCCUUUCUUGGGAGAAGUUGGGUUGUGUGCAAAUCAUAUAAGAGUUGAGGCUAAUGCUAUGACUUCCCCUGUUUAUACGUGUGAUUCAUCUACUCAAGUGAUUUAUGUGGUUAGUGGAGGUGGGAUGAUACAAGUUGUGGGUUUUAAUGGUAAGCUUGUGUUGGAGAGUGAGAUCAAGGCUGGUCAUUUGGUCAUUGUGCCAAGGUCUUUUGUUGUUUCUAUGAUGGCUGGUCAUGAAGGAUUGGAAUGCUUCUCUAUCAUAACAACUCCAGAGCCUGUGAUACAAAAUUUAGCUGGGAAGACAUCUUUAAUGGAAGCACUAUCAUGUGAGGUGUUACAAGUGUCAUUAAAUGUGACUCCAGAUUUCCAACAAAAUUUCAUUUCAAAGAUGAGAUUGACAAGCAACUCCAUUAUCUCUCCCCCAUAAAUAUAUAAUAAACAAUUACUCAUAUAUAAUAUAUUAUCUAUACCUAUAUCUAUAUGAACUAUAUAUAUUAAUUUUCUGGUUUUUCCUUACUAGUAUUGGCACAAGUUAUAAUAAAAUAAAUAAAUUUGUGAGAGACAAAAUGUGUUUGAAAUUAAUUAUCUGAUCGGGUGAGAUUGUUAUUGAAAAAAUAUAUAUGAUAUUAAGUAUUAAUAAACAAAUUA